AUGAUGAUGAUAUUGGCGGACUGGGUCAAUGACAAAUACAAACUUCCAUUCACUGCUCAUGGAAACUUCCUCAAUGCCGCUGGUAGAAAAGCUGAAUUGGAAUUGGAAUUGGAAUCAUCAUCAUCGCAAGCUGUAGAUGAUGAUGGUAAUAACCUUGAUUGCGUGGGGACAGGCCUUGACGUGGAGUGCCUCUUCUCCGAACCCGCCAACCUCGACCCUCCACCCACCCAAUUGUCGUCAACACAAAAAGUAGAAGCAGCAACAGCAACAGCAACAGCAACAGCAACAAAAGCUUAA